GUUUGAUUUAUCACGUCUGUAAACAUGUAAAUGUGAUUGGUUUAAAUUUUGGAGAAAUAGUGUUUAGUGUCAAAGCACUGGAAUAAAUAAGCACACUCAAGAAGAGUAAAACUGUAAAAGACAAGCACAGGAAGUUCAAGAUCACCUACAUUUGGCGGAAAUACUACGAGCUGACAGGGAAGAGCAAGAUCGCCUGCAUUUGGAGGAAAUACUACGAGCUCACAUGGAAGAGCAAGAGCAGCAAGACAGAAUGUUUGCCCUUGCAGUGCAAGAAUCUAUAACCCAAGAAGAAAGGGCGAAAAGGGGUGGCCAACAUUGUAGAAACAGAGGGCGGGGAAGCUUUCUGCAUCAAAAUAGGAAUCAAAGAUCUCGAGGAAUAGGCAGAGGUCAAGGUCAGGAUAGGACACAUCAGGGGACUUUUGACCACGAGCUCGCCCUGUCUCUAAAGUUAGAGGAGAGUGAAAGGAAACCAGCAUGGAACAGUGACGGUUGUACACUGAAAGACCCAACCCAAGCAGAAAUGGCACAAAGGGAUGGCCAACAUGGUAGAAACAGAGGAUGGAGAGGUUUUCGUAAUCAAAUUUGUCACAUAUUUCGAGGAAUGGGCAGAGGUCAUGGUCAGGAGAGGACACAUCAGAAGACUGUUGACCAUAAGCUAGCUCUGUCUCCACAUAGAGAGGAGGAUAAGAAGAAAGGAGUCGGGAACAGAGACGAUGGUGCUAGGCCUAAUGUGGUCCCCCCUGUAGCCCCACAAUCUGCAGGUACUCUGCGGAAUGAUCAUCGAAUGCAACAAGAAAUGAGAAGUUCUCGCCAGGACAUACAACAGGCAGUGGCCGCCAGUCUACAGGAGUUACAGCAUCCUCACCAAUCUCAACUUGGAGACCUUGAUGCUGCGCAACUACAAUCCCAGAACCACCACAGGUCGCAGCUGGGCAGAAGAGGAAACAUUGUCAGGGCUCCUGCAAUGCCUGACGUGUCUGUCUUGAAUGAUGAUAUAAAUGGUUAUGAGGCUCUUUUAGAACUGGAAGAGCGUAAUGUUGCUAGAGGCUUGACUACGAAGGAGUGCUCCAAACUGCCGACUAAGAGAUACAGACAGACAGACAGACAGUCGGAGGGCUGCAGCGUGUGUAUGGAUGAAUACAAGACUGGAGAUACACAGAAAACAUUGCCCUGUCUCCAUGUAUUCCAUGACUCCUGCAUUGACCCAUGGUUGAAGAACAGCGCAAGAUGUCCGGUGUGCAGAGAAGUUGUUCACGUUUCCUGACUCCAGAAGAGCGUCUAGUUCAAUUAACAGGAAUGUUUUCUUGAAAAUCCACACAUUGGGAACAGAUUAUAGUGAUGUACUGUGAACAUGAAUAGUGAUUGUAUAUUUUUUGACAAGGGCUAUGGAUACAAGCUUGUCAUGUUAUUUCACUCAGCCUAACGCUAUAUUCAUAUGUAUGGGUAAUAGUUCAAAUGUGUUCAAAGACUUACUGACGUAGUCCUUCUUUGAUGGUUGAUGUUUUCUGUAACCUUGGACAUUAUUAAUCUAGUUAUAUUCCAAUUAUGAGCAUAUUUAGUACAUGUAAAUACAUUUUGUAUAUAAAAUCGAUAUAUGUAUAAUGUAUGCAUGAUCAAUCGAAAUAUUUCACCGACGGUGACAAACAAAAGCCAUAUAUUACAAGUUGCAGCGCCAGUAGUGAAAUAUUUACUUUUGGUGUUAACGAGAUAAAGUAUAUUGCGAUUUUACACUGAAACAAACUGGUUUCUUUUAUCUUUAUUAUAUGCCUAUAAAUGGUGAAAACUGGCAGCUAAUUUUAGUUUUUCAGAAAAGCCAUAAACUGUAUGCAGAAAUGAAGUUGUUGAAUUUAUGUUGAAUCGUGCUGCCUUUUGAUUUGAACGUUUAAGUAUAUAAAUAGUAUAAACAUUGGAAAUUCUAUCAAUUCACUGUUUCAAAUUUUAUUUCACUGUUAUAUCGCUAUGAACAACUGGGAAAGCAUAGCCUAGUGAAAAAAGUAUAUUUAAGAAAAUAUUAACACACAAUACAUUUUAAAAAGGGCCAAGAUUACCCGUAAGAUCGCAGUAUUAACAACUGUGCUUAUAGAAUUGGGAAAAUAAAUCAUAAAUAUCAACUGAAUUUUAUGCAUUAUAUCUAUGCACUUACGCACACUAUUUAUCUUGGGUUGUUGUUAAUUUUUAUUUAACAUCGUUUUAUACAUAAUCUUUAAUAUCCUUUCGCUACAGUGUAGUAUUUUGAACCAAUAUCUUAUACUCUUUUCAAGUUUACCGUAUAUAGAAGUUUUAACCCCUAAUUAAUUCUUACAAAAUAUUGUAUGUAUUCUUCCUAUUUUGAUAGCCCGGAAAAAUCCCAAAACCUCACAACCAUAAAAUAUGAUGGCUUAUCUUAUUUAUCAAAUAGAUUUAACACAUGUUCCGGUGAUAUCAUUGCACAACUUUGAGGAUUCUUUUUUUCAAUUUAUAAAUAGCCUUAUUUGCCGGACCUGAUAGUGAUUUAUAACAUUGUAUAAAAGAUCCCACAGUGAAUACAAUGCUUAAAAAAUAUUUUGAGACAACUUCUAUUUCAGAGUUUCGAAUAAUCGAAUUUCAAAUAUUGCCGUAGUCUAGCACCGUUCCUAAAUACAAUAACUUUCGUCUUGUCUUUAUUUACAGAUAGCUUCCAGAUGUAACAGUAGUCAAGAUAUUUAUAUUAAUGUGCUGCAUUCCUCACUUGUCUUCGUCAAUAU